AUGAAGUUCGUACUUAUCUUACUCGUCGCUGCUUUUGCAGCGAAUGUUCAAUGUGAUGAACAAGUUGUGAAUUCCCUCAGCAAUAAAUACAUCUCAGCAGUAGAGGCGCCUGUUCCCGACAAGGAAGCAGAAGCAUCUCACUCCGCUGAAGCGAAACAUGUCAAAGAAGUUCAGGUAGAAAAAGAUAAACUAAACGAACAUCAACAAGAGGCACAGGCGCGGGGGAACCUCAAAGUCGAAAAGGAGAAGGGGAAGAAACACGAGCACGAGAAAGAAAAGCACGCGGAGCAUGAAGCUGAAAAGGAGAAGACAGAAUUGAAAGAACAGGAAGAACAGCUAGAAGAGCAACAAGGCGGUAAGAGGAAACAGAAGAAGGCGAAGGAACCCAAACAGAAGGCGAAAGAAAAGGAACAGGAAAAAGAGAAAGAAUUGAAGGAAGGAGAGAAUAAAGAAAAAGAGGAGCAGAAAGAGAAGCAAGAAGGUAAGAGAAAGAACAAGAAAGGAAAGGACGCAAAAAAACAAGAGCCCGAGAAGGAAAAGCAAGCAGAACAUGAAGUAGAGAAGGAAAAGCAAGGAGAACAUCAAGUUGAGAAGGAGAAGGAAAAGCAAGCACAACAUCAAGUUGAAAAGGAGAAAGAGAAGGAGUUGAAAGAAAAAGAGCAUUUGGAGAAGGAGAAAGAGUUGAAAAAGAAGGAGCAUCUGGAAAAGGAAAAGGAAAAGGAGAAGGAAAAGGAAAUUGAACAUCAGAAGGAGAAGGAGUUGAAAGAGAAAGAGCAUUUGGAGAAGGAGAAAGAGUUGAAAAAGAAGGAGCAUCUGGAAAAGGAAAAGGAAAAGGAGAAGGAAAAGGAAGUUGAAAAGGAGAAAGAGAAGGAGUUGAAAGAGAAAGAGCAUUUGGAGAAGGAGAAAGAGUUGAAAAAGAAGGAGCAUCUGGAAAAGGAGAAGGAAAAGGAGAAGGAAAAGGAAAUUGAACAUCAGAGGGAGAAGAAGCUGAAAGAAAAAGAGCAUUUGGAGAAGGAGAAGGAAAAGCAAAUGGAGGUCGAGAAAGAGAAAGAGUUGAAAAAGAAGGAGCAUAUGGAAAAGGAGAAGGAAAAGGAGAAGGAGUUGAAAGAAAAAGAGCAUUUGGAGAAGGAGAAGGAAAAGCAAAUUGAACACGAGAAAGAGAAGGAUUGGCAAAAGAAGGAGCAUCCGGAAAAUGCGAAUAAAGAGAAAGAUUUGAAAAAGAAGGAGCAUGCGGAAAAAGGAAAAGAUUGGGACAAGAAAGAGCAUUUGGAAAAGGAAAAGGAAAAGGAAAAGAAGGAAAAGCUGGAGGAGCUAGAGAAGGAGAAAGGAUGGAAAGGAAAGGAGCACAAAGACAAGCAAGAAGGACACCAACUUGAAAAGGAGAAAGAGAAAGAGAAACAGGCUGGUUGGGAAAAAGAACUGGAAAAAGGAAAAGGAAAGGAGCAUGGGAAACAGCACGAGGGAAAGAAACAUAAGCAGGAAGAACACGAAGUGGGAAAGGAAACGCAGAAAGCAUGGAAGGAGGAGGAAAUGAAGGCAAAGCAGGCCGAAAAGGAAAAGCAGAAAGAGUGGCAGGAGCAACAACAAGGCGCAAAGAAAGAAUGGAAGGAAGGAGAGAAACAGUCCCAACAGGAGAUGCAGAAAUCUGCGCAAGAAGCUGAAAAGGAGAAGCAAGGGCUAAAGAAAGAAUGGAAGGAAGGAGAGAAACAGUCUCAACAGGAGAUGCAGAAAUCUGCGCAAGAACAGCAACAAUCCCAAGAACAAUCCCAACAGCAAAUGCAAAAAUCUGCGCAAGAAGCUGAAAAGGAGAAGCAAGGGCUAAAGAAAGAAUGGAAGGAAGGAGAGAAACAGUCUCAACAGGAGAUGCAGAAAUCUGCGCAAGAACAGCAACAAUCCCAAGAACAAUCCCAACAGCAAAUGCAAAAAUCUGCGCAAGAAGCUGAAAAGGAGAAGCAAGGGCUAAAGAAAGAAUGGAAGGAAGGAGAGAAACAGUCUCAACAGGAGAUGCAGAAAUCUGCGCAAGAACAGCAACAAUCCCAGCAGUCUAUGCAAGAACAACAACAAGCUGGAGUCGAGAAACAGAAGGAAUGGAAGGAGGAAGGACAGAAAUCGAAGGAGGAGUCACAGAAAUAUAUGCAAGAACAACGUCAAGCCGGAAAGGAGAAACAGAAGGAAGUGAAGGAAGAAUCACAGAAAUCUAAAGAUGAGUCGCAGAAAUACAUGCAAGAACAACGUCAGGCCGGCAAAGAGAAGCAGAAGGAGUGGAAGGAAGAAUCACAGAAAUCCAAACAAGAGUCGUCACAGAAACAGAAAGACGUACAGGCAGAAUUCCAAGCCGAGGUGAAGAAAUCUGUGAAGGCGGAACAAAAUAAAUCGAAGAGCGAAGAGGGCAGCGUUAUAAUCGAUAAAGUACGAAAAAUCGCGAAGGGUUUCUACCCGUAA